AUACGGACAGGGACCAUGCUUUACACACCUGUGAGCCCGUGCCUCAGCCAGUAGGUGCUCAGCCCUUGAUGUGUUGCACUGAGCCAGCCUGCAGAGCUCCCUGGCUGGCCGCAGCCAUUUGAGCUCAACGCCGAGAGGCACCAGCCUGGGCCCAGGUGGCCAAAGUGUGGGGGUGGCCAGGAACUCGCAGGGCCAAGGAGGGGACCCUUUCCAGGCCGGCUGAGGACACAAGGACAUGAUCAUUAACAAAGCAAACUUGUUACUGACCCAUAAUCCCUUAAACCAGGAGGAUUCGGGAGGGGCCCCGAUUCCUUGGCAACCAGGUGCUGGCCAGCAGCAGGGCUGAGCAUCCUCCCGGAGUGGGCUGCAGGACCCCAGUGCUGGCCCCUGACAAUCAUGAACAAGAUGAAGAACUUUAAGCGUCGGUUCUCACUGUCGGUGCCCCGCACGGAGACCAUUGAGGAGUCUUUGGCUGAGUUCACGGAGCAGUUCAACCAGCUCCACAACCAGAGGAACGAGGACCUGCAGCUCGGUCCCCUCGGCACAGACCCGGCCCUGGAGCCCAGCGCCUUCUCCCCCACAGAUGGCGGGGAGGAUCCUGGGAGACUGUCCCCCAGCAUGCAGUACCGGCGACCGCAGAGCCAGCGCCGCUUCUCCAUGGAGGACAUCAGCAAGAGGCUCUCCCUGCCCAUGGACAUCCGCCUGCCGCAGGAGUUCCUGCAGAAGCUACAGCUAGAGAGCCCAGACCUGCCCAGGCCCCUCAGCCGCAUGUCCCGCCGAGCCUCCCUGUCAGACAUCGGCUUUGGGAAACUGGAAACGUAUGUGAAGCUGGACAAGCUGGGGGAGGGCACCUACGCCACCGUCUUCAAGGGGCGCAGCAAGCUGACAGAGAACCUGGUGGCCCUGAAGGAGAUCCGGCUGGAGCAUGAGGAGGGUGCGCCCUGCACUGCCAUCCGAGAGGUGUCGCUUCUGAGGAACCUGAAACAUGCCAACAUCGUGACCCUGCAUGACCUCGUCCACACAGACCGGUCCCUCACGCUGGUGUUUGAGUACCUGGACAGUGACCUGAAGCAAUAUUUGGACCACUGUGGAAACCUCAUGAGUAUGCACAAUGUCAAGAUUUUCAUGUUCCAGCUGCUCCGGGGCCUGGCCUACUGCCACCGGCGCAAGAUCCUGCACCGGGACCUGAAACCCCAGAACCUGCUCAUCAACGAGAGAGGCGAGCUGAAGCUGGCCGACUUCGGCCUGGCCCGGGCCAAGUCUGUGCCCACAAAGACCUACUCCAAUGAGGUGGUGACCCUGUGGUACAGGCCCCCCGACGUGCUGCUGGGGUCCACGGAGUACUCCACGCCCAUCGAUAUGUGGGGCGUGGGUUGCAUCCACUACGAGAUGGCCACAGGGAGGCCGCUCUUUCCCGGCUCGGCGGUCAAGGAGGAGCUGCACCUCAUUUUUCGCCUCCUCGGNACCCCUACGGAAGAGACGUGGCCCGGCGUGACGACUCUCCCGGAGUUCCGCGCCUACAACUUUCCCGCGUACCUGCCGCAGCCGCUGCUCAGCCACGCCCCCAGGUUGGAUACUGACGGCAUCAACCUCCUGACCGGCCUCCUCCUGUACGAAUCCAAGAGUCGUGUGUCAGCAGAGGCAGCCCUGAGUCACCCCUACUUCCGGUCUCUGGGAGAACAGGUGCACCAGCUCGAGGACACUGCCUCCAUCUUCUCCCUGAAGGAGAUCCAGCUCCAGAAGGACCCAGGGUACCGUGGCUUGGCCUUCCAGCAUCCAGGACGAGGGAAGAACCGGCGGCAGAGCAUCUUCUGAGCGGGGCCCACUCUGCUGUGCCGAAAGGGACAGGAGGUUGCGUGAAGCACACGUGUCGGUGGGAUGAGGCCUCUGUGGCUGUGGGAGGACUGAGGAACAAGAGCUGGGCUGGCCUGGAAGACGGCAGCCCUGCUGGGUGCAGCUGUCUCCUCUCCCUGCUUCCCACAACCUCCUGGUGGCCUGGACACCAACCCUCUGUCACCCGCCCUUGGCUGGCAUGAGCUGCUCCCCUGAGGGGAGGGGAGGGGCAGGAAGGAGCCUCAGACCUGCACCAGGCCUGAGCGCUUGCGGCUCCUCCUGCACGGAACAUCCAGGCGCCACUACGCUGUGGGCCAGAUGCGGCCCCACCAGGCUCCCACCUCUCCAAGCUGGCAGCGGCCUCUGCCCCGUGGAGCCUGCACACAUUCCACCUCGCUCCCCUGAGAGCAAGAUGGGACCUGGCACCUUGUGUGGGACUCGAAGGCUCGUGUUCCCUGGAGCCGCUGGAGAAAUCGCAGUCCUGUCCCCCGGAUCCCUGCCCCUUCUCCUUGCUGGGGGCCACUUGUGCCCACUGCUGGGGCCAAGGCUGAGCGGCGUGGGGACGCCCAGCUGCCCUGGUGGCCUGGGACCCAGCAGUGCUCUUCCUGCCUCCACUGGCCCUCCCGUCUCCCCAGUCCAGAUGGAGUUGCCUUAACUGGCAGGUGGUAGGGUGCACGCUGUCCUUGGAGCUUGACCCAGCUCCUGCCUGUCCGCUUCCCAAGGACUGCUCUGCCUGGCCUAUCCCUGAGCACCGAUAAGUCAGGCGGGGGCAGGGUCCUGAGAGCGGCACCCAGAUAUGCAGGUCAGGGUGGCUGACACUGGUGCCAGGCCGGCCUGGCACUGACGUGGCUCCCUGUCCCCUCCUCCCUGCCCUGAGGCUUUGUGCACUUGAGCCUGGCACCAGUGUGCUCAGAGGGUGGUCACAGGAGGAGGCGGCGUGAGUGCCGUGAGCCUGGUGGAGGAAGUGUGAUAGGAGCAGGGUGAGGGGUGAGGACCCCUCCUCGGCACCCCCUGUACCCAAGGCCUCAGCCUGGCUGGAUCCCGAAGGGCAGAGGCCGAGGGGAGGCUGGGCCUGGCUUCUUCCCCGGGGCUCCCCCAGCCUUCCUCUCCUCCCCCACCGUACUGUGAAUGUCCUGUGACUCACACAAAGAUAAUAUAUUUAAUUCAUGUACAGAAAGACGCAUGCAGUCUGGUACAGAAACUCUUACUGGUAGCUCCAUGCCAAAGAUGCGGGAGCCCUGUGGACUCUCCCUGCUGCGUUCAGGGCCAGACGCGAACUGAGAACAAGCCCGAGGUGGGCUGCCCGGCCCAACCUGGUGCCCCGAAAGAGUCCCGGGAGGGGCCUGGGGCCUCCCAGUGAGGGAGGGAGAGGCUCAGAGAGGCUUGGGACUGGAGUGAUGGAGACCAAGCAGCGAAGGGCUGUGCGCCCCGCUGUAACCCGGACCCCCACCGUAACUGCUGUGGACCCUGAGCCCCCUCACGCCCCCUUGUCCCCCGACUUGCCCGUGUCAUAGACGGGCUUCCAGCUCCCGGAGUCCCGCUACCUCCAGCUCACAUCUAGCUCCAUUUUCCCAAGACCACUGAAAAGCCAGGCCUCACCCAUGCCUCCUGAGCUCCCCGGCCCACCCGUGGCCUCAGGUCAGGCCUUGCACUCUGACUUGCUGGUGUGCUUGAGGGGACAGCUGUUUUGCAGAGGAUCCCAGGACCCAGCAAUCAGAUCCCCCUGUGCCAUUAAAGAAGAGGUGAGCCGGGUCCAGUAUCCCCUAGACCCCCUCUCCAAAGUAUGGGACCACGGCUCAGGUGUGCUUGGGGGGAUCUGAAUGGGGCUUUUUAACUGAAUUUGAACUCCACCCAAAGGAGCCUGUUUAUGAAGCUCUGACCUGUGCCAGACGCUGGCCUCAUGGAAUCUGCAGGAGAACCCCUUUCUCUCCUCUGCAUAUAAGGACAGCGGGGCCUCAGGGAUUGAAUAACUUCCCCAGGUUGCGUAGCAACUGCGAGUCCCCAGCCUUGGUCCUCAAGGAGGGGAGCUGUACACAGUGCAGUGCCCCAGGAGGCAGGAAGCAACUCUAGGAAGGGCGUGGGCAGGCAGCUCUGCUGGAGGGGCUGCUAUACAUGACCGGCAAUGAGUUUUAGAGGUUGGGGUCCAGGAGGUAAGUCCCACUGGAAGGCUUACCCCAGACCUUGGUGGAGGUAGAGACGGCUUUGGAAGAGGGAGCAGCAUUCAGGAACAACUCCGGGGCUGGUGGGUUGUGGGAGCUGUCCUGGGUUCCCCAGGGACCAGGCUAAGCCACAGCCCAGCCCCAUGGCCUGGAGCCCUUGGUUUCCUGCACACCCAAGUCAUUUCCAGGUGCCACAUGGCCCUUAUAAACAGCAGCCUGCCAUUCCACCAGAGUCCUGACCGCAGCCCUGCUUGGUGAGUCACUGACCCUCUGGCCUCACAUUGGCCGUUGCUCCUGGGAUGGCUCAGGAAAUCCUGGGGUCCCAGCUGGCCUCUCUGCCAUGCCCACUUGGCGGGGGCAUUUGUGGGUUGCAGCGGCCCUGUGGCUGCUGCUGAAAGGUCGUAUUUGAUGACCACCGCCACGCAGAGGUGAAACCAGCUCCCACCCUGGAGUGAGCUGGAGCUGGCUUUCCCAGCCUCAGCCGUCCUGGGUGUCCCAGGCCCAGAGGUCAGGACCCUGUGGGUGACACGUGUUGUGUCUGUGGCGAGGCCUGUCCAUUCCUUCCUCUCUGGACAGCUCAGCCAGCCCCCUUUGGCCCACCCUGCCAGAACCUCUGCUCCAAUCCCUGCUUCUGUGCACCCCCUGAACCCUCUGUCUCCAGAGCAAGUCCUCAGCCUGGCCCUGUGCUGGACUCCAGGACACUGAGGUGCCGGCCCUCCAGCCCCGUCCAGACUGCACGGAGGACACAGCAUGAAGUCGGCCAGUUCCCUGCUCCCCACAGCCUGUGUUCGGGGUGGGGCAAAGUCAUCCCCGAUCGGCACAAAGCGCACACGUUGGGGUGUCUGCAGCUCAAGAAGCAAAAGAGAGGGGUCGGGGGAGAAGGGAGUGUGCAGGUGGGGGCUGGCGUAGCAGAGGUACUAGUGUGGUCAGAGGCCUCUGGCUGGGCCGGCGGAGCCGUGGCUUCUAAGGGAGGGACCCAAGCGGACAGUCGGGACGGAACCGACAGCGGAGCCCUGCUGGGAAUGCGCCGGAAGGGUGAAAGGCAGUGAGGGCAAGCAGAGCAGGCUGGGAAGGGUGGCGGGGAGGAUGCACCAUGGGGCCGCGCGCUUCGGUCCAGCUUCGGUCCAGCUGCGAGCGUGUAGGACGCCUGGCUCCAGCUCAGGUGGAUUCCGACAGAUUUUUUUUUUUUUCUUUUUCCACACUGAGGAUUGAACAUGGAGCUUUGCCCAGCCCUUUUUUUGUU